ACUCACCGUAGCCAGUCAAGGAAGCAGUUUUGGACGUACGGGAAGCAGGAGCAGAAAGGAAAAAUACUAAUUGUGCCAUUUGACUGCAAAUAAUUAUGCGAAAAUAAGUGUGACAACAACACCAUCCACGUUUUGAAGACGGGUUUCAUUUAUUUUCACUCUGGUGAUCAAUUAUGCGCUCGUGUCGUCAAUGACAGUUCUAUUUUGAAAUUGAUACCCGGAAGUCGUAUGUUCACAUUUGGAUGACCCGAGAGGUAGUGGGAGUACAUAUUUGUUUGCAAGAGUAGUUGUAUAAACGGUGAGCUGGCCUCUAAAAAGCACGGAUAAUGACCUCCGGCGGCGGAAUACAGAUACCGAGUCGUCUCCCGCUUCUGCUGACCCAUGAAGGAGUGCUCCUCCCGGGCUCCACCGUCAGGUUUAGCAUCGACUCUCCGCGGAACAUGCACCUGGUCAGCCAGAGGCUGUUGAGAGGGACUUCGCUGAAAAGCACAAUUAUAGGAGUGAUUCCCAACACCAGAGACCCAGAACACGACACCGACGACCUCCCCACCCUGCAUAAAAUUGGUACAGCGGGGAUAGCAGUCCAAGUGGUGGGAAGUAACUGGCCAAAGCCUCACUACACCCUCCUCAUCACUGGACUGUGUCGCUUUAGUGUGUCAAGUCUGCUGAAGGAGCGACCCUUUGUCCUGGCAGAGGUGGAGCAGUUGGAUAAACUGGAACAGUAUACAACCCCAGCAACAGAGGGUGUCACCCCAAGUGAUGGGGAGCUAGGGGAGUUGUCCCAGAAGUUCUAUCAGGCUGCUGUACAGUUAUUAGGUAUGUUGGACAUGUCUGUUCCAGUGGUGGCUAAGUUCAGGCGUCUGCUGGACAGUCUGCCCAGGGAAACUCUACCUGAUGUGGUUGCCUCCAUGAUCCGCACCUCAAACAAGGAGAAACUACAGGUCCUGGAUGCAGUGAGCUUGGAGGAACGUUUUAAGAAGGCCCUGCCCAUGUUAACCAGACAGAUAGAAGGACUGAAACUACUGCAGAAAACCAGGAAGAUGGGUCCUGAUAAUGACAAGAGGGUGUUAUCAGUGCGAAAAGGUGGAGUGUUCCCAGGCAGGCAGUUCAAUCUGGAUGAGGAGGAUGAAGAUGAUGAUGGAGAUGACACUGGAUCCCUGGAGAAGAAAGUUCAUGGGGCAAACAUGCCUGAGGCUGCACUCAGAGUAUGCUUGAAAGAGCUCAAGAGGUUGAAGAAGAUGCCUCAGUCGAUGCCUGAGUAUGCCCUAACCAGAAACUACUUGGAUCUAAUGGUAGAGUUGCCAUGGAGUAAAAGCACCAAAGACUGCCUGGACAUCCGAGCUGCUCGCACUCUGCUGGACAACGAUCACUAUGCCAUGGACAAGCUGAAGAGACGUGUGCUGGAGUACCUGGCUGUUAGACAGCUGAAGACUUCCCUCAAGGGCCCGAUUCUGUGCUUUGUGGGCCCCCCAGGAGUCGGCAAGACCAGUGUUGGACGCUCUAUCGCCAGGACUCUGGGCAGAGAGUUUCACCGCAUUGCUUUAGGAGGCGUCUGUGACCAGUCUGACAUUAGAGGACACAGGCGUACAUAUGUAGGGAGCAUGCCCGGUCGCAUCAUCAAUGGUUUGAAGACAGUGGGUGUCAAUAAUCCUGUCUUCCUCCUGGACGAAGUGGACAAACUGGGAAAGAGCCUGCAAGGAGAUCCUGCUGCCGCUCUGCUAGAGGUCCUGGACCCAGAACAGAACCACAGCUUCACAGACCAUUACCUCAAUGUGGCCUUUGACCUCUCCCAAGUGCUCUUUAUUGCCACUGCAAACACCACAGCGACCAUUCCCCCGGCCCUGCUGGACAGGAUGGAGGUACUGCAGGUACCAGGCUACACCCAGGAGGAAAAAGUGGAGAUAGCUCACCGUCACUUGAUCCCAAACCAGCUGGAGCAGCAUGGAUUAACACCUCAACAGCUGCAUAUACCACAGGACACCACACAGGAUAUAAUCAGCAGGUACACCCGAGAAGCAGGUGUGCGCUCCCUGGAGAGGAAGAUUGGGGCAAUCUGCAGAGCUGUGGCCGUGAAGGUGGCAGAGGGUCACAGACUCACCAAGACAGAGGCUUUGAUCCCCGAGGGCCCAGCAGAGCAGGGAGACAAGGCAGCGCCCCCAGAGAUGCCCAUAGUGAUCGACCACAUCGCCCUGAAAGACAUCCUGGGACCUCCGCUUUUUGAAAUGGAGGUGUCUGAGCGGUUUACCCUGCCUGGUGUAGCUCUGGGCCUGGUCUGGACCCCGCUCGGUGGGGAGAUCAUGUUUGUGGAGGCCAGUCGAAUGGAGGGAGAAGGUCAGCUCACUCUGACCGGUCAGCUGGGAGACGUUAUGAAAGAAUCUGCCCAUCUGGCCAUCAGCUGGCUCAGAGCAAACGCCAAAACCUACCAGCUCACCAGCAUGGUGGGGGGUCCAGAUCCUUUAGAAGGAACAGACAUCCACCUCCACUUCCCUGCUGGAGCUGUCACAAAGGAUGGCCCCUCUGCUGGCGUUACCAUAGUAACCUGCCUCGCCUCGUUGUUUAGCGGCCGACUGGUCAGAUCAGACGUUGCCAUGACAGGAGAGAUCACGUUAAGAGGGCUGGUACUGCCGGUGGGCGGGAUCAAGGACAAAGUCCUGGCAGCUUACAGGGCAGGAGUGAAGCGCGUCAUCCUCCCGAAACGCAACGAGAAGGACCUGGAGGAGCUUCCAGCCAACGUCCGAGCCGACCUGGAUUUCGUCACCGCCGGGAACCUAGACGAGGUGCUGAACGCCGCCUUCGACGGUGGGUUUCCAGGGACAGCCAGCACACGAACACACCAUCAGCUGACCAGCAAACUGUAACACACAGGUGAAAAUACACACACACUGAGAGUGUGACGUUAGAUAGUGUCCCGGAAUGGUCCUAACAGAGGAGAGAGUGGGUUGUCACUCAGCUUGGACAACUUGGAGUCUAAUGGGUUUUUACCUGAUAUGCAUUGUCAGGAGUAGACAGUAUGCACAACUGUGAUGCUAACAUGUCAUGUUAUUGAAUCGUUAACCCUGUUUUAAGGUUCUUUCCAGUUGAGAUUGUCAAUUUCAGAUUAUGUUCAUAUAAAGAGAAUUUGGGAUAAAUGAAGCAAUGAUUUCAGCGUACAUAGACAGUGCACAAUGACUCACUGUUAUAUGAAGUUAUAGCAGCAGCUUCGUUAAUGCAUUUUAGCUCAACGCAGCCACUGACUCAUCCACUCGUGUUGACCAGAUCGAAGCUCACCUCACGAUGGAAUAUCAUCACGUUGCCUCUUUGGGUUCAGUUUACUUCUUGUACAUUUACAUUAUAUUAGUAGCACUGCCACAUCCUCAUGAAGAGGAUGGGAGCUAAUACUACUACUAAUACUAAUGCAAAAACACACACACACACACACACAGGUGAGCAACUACAACACUGAAUGAUUUAGCCUGAUCUGACCUCUUGAUUGUUGUGCUAAAAAGUAAAUGUUUAAGUGGUUUAUAUGUGAUAACGGAUGCGGCUGAAAAUGUGCUCAGAUACGAGGAGCCUCUGUAUGACUGUGUAAUCAAAUUUCAGGUAAUUAGUAGAUUUUUAUAGAUAGAUUUUGGAGUUUGACAACAGAUCACAACAGACGACAGUUAGUUUGAAAAUGGGUUUACAUGGACGUGUUGUCUCAUCAUAUCCCACGCUGAGGCACCGACUGCAUGAGGUUUAGAUAAAACCUCUUUGGCCUAAUAUUCUGAUUGUCAGUGAGGGUGCUGACUAAUGAUUGGAUUGCAGUUUCUGUUAUUAACGGGGAAGAUGGAUGGUGUAGCAAACUUAAUUACUUUUAAAUGUAAUAAAGUAAUUUUCUAUUAAACCAAGAUGCACUUGUAUCCUAUCAGAUGACUUUAAAAAUUGAAUUAAAGAUGCUCGAAAUCUUGAAAGAA